UCCAGCGCUCUUGAUGAACGGGGGCACGACUUCUUUCUGAUAUCGAAGCCGUCGGGGGUCUUCGAGUUGAAAUGGACGGUGUGGAAAAACUUGACUGAAGUCGAUUCUUUUGAUUUUUGUUGUGGAUUUUUUUUCUUUUUCUUUCGCAAGGACGUUGAAGUUGUCUGUUAAUUGGCGGACAAGUGUUGACGGACCGCGCUUCGGACACGCGUCUCCGGUGUUGCGUGGGAGCGCCCGUUUUUAGUCGAGUUUCCCCAAGUUUUGAGUUGACACUGAACAAUGGCAUUCGCUCGAUUUAGCAAAAUACUUCGCCUGCCCUCUCUUGACAUCAAAAAGAAGGUAAAGCAAUACGAACACGUUCAUCGGGAUAUCAACCCUAACGACAUAUGGGAAAUCGUCGGCGAGCUGGGCGAUGGAGCGUUUGGGAAAGUGUACAAGGCCAGGAACAAGGAGACGGAGGUUCUUGCAGCAGCUAAAGUGAUCGAGACGAAGAGCGAGGAGGAGCUUGAGGAUUACAUGGUGGAAAUUGACAUCCUGGCAAAAUGCGACCACUGCUACAUUGUCAAGCUGCUCGAUGCAUUUUACUACGACAACAACCUCUGGAUCAUGAUCGAAUUUUGCCCUGGAGGUGCUGUGGAUGCCACAAUGCUAGAGUUGGACCGCGGCUUGACGGAGCCUCAGAUAAAGGUGAUCUGUCGCCAGAUGCUGGAGGCCCUUGUCUACCUCCACAGCAUGAAGAUCAUCCACAGAGACCUGAAGGCAGGGAACAUCCUCCUCACCCUCGACGGGGAUAUCAAACUGGCUGAUUUUGGAGUGUCUGCGAAAAACAACAAAACUCUACAACGAAGAGAUUCUUUCAUUGGAACACCAUACUGGAUGGCUCCUGAGGUGGUGAUGUGUGAGACAAUGAAGGAUGCCCCGUACGACUACAAGGCCGAUCUCUGGUCUCUGGGGAUCACCCUGAUCGAGCUGGCCCAGAUUGAGCCUCCGCACCAUGAGCUCAACCCCAUGAGGGUCCUGCUGAAGAUAGCCAAGUCAGAGCCCCCUACCCUUGACCAGCCAAACAAAUGGUCACGGGACUUUAAUGAUUUCCUGAAGAAAGCGUUGGAUAAAAACCCGGAGAGCCGACCGACUGCGACACAACUCUUGGAGCACCCUUUUAUAAGCUCGGUGACGUCCAACCGUCCUCUGCGAGAGCUGGUGGCAGAGGCCAAGGCUGAGGUCAUGGAGGAAAUAGAAGACAAUAGAGAGGAAGGGGAGGAAGACGAGGCCAUGGAUCUCACCACGUCCCCAGGCAAGGAGCCAUGCCAGAUGAGUCAGACUAGUUUGGAAGGAGACCACUCUCCGGACAACCAAAGCCCCACCACCCCCUCCCCCACCACGCCCAUACCUACCCCCCGGGUGAAGGUGGAGGUCCAGCCGGACAUUCCAGCGGAGGAGCACCCAGCCCAGGUUGAGGUGAUCCCAGUGCCCUUGCCGCGCCAAAAGCGGCACCAAGAAGAACAGGGGGAGCCUGGCGACAAGCUACCUGACGAGGUCAUGUUGGAGUCGGACAAAUCUGAGAGCGAGGUCUCUACUAAGACCUCCAGCUCAGACUCCGGCAUCGAGGACGGGAAGAUCACCCCCACCUCUGAGGAAGAAAAGGUUGUUGUGGAGACCCCAGAGACUGAGCAGCCGCCACCACUCGUCCAACCCAAGGUGUCAGAGGAAGUAGUUGACAUCAUUACAGUAACCACAGAUCCAGAGGUACCCAAGAUUGAGUUGGCUGAGGAGGAAAGAAGCAUUAUAGGUAAUGGGGAGUCGACAGCUACAAGCCACAGUUCAAAGACCACCCCGACCGUCUCCCCCAUCCCAAGUCCCACACCUACACCAAGGCCGAUGUCAACUCCUGUCAUGAUGCUAGCCCCUUGCUCUGGGCUUGAUGACAGCAUGAGGAAGGGUACCUCGGAACGAGGGUCCAUUGGAACUAACAUGGACAGCCCCUCAACCCAUGUUAAUGGAAGGAUGAGCAAGCGGUACUCGGACGUGGGCAGCAUGUCCUCGGAGAGCAUGGACAUGUCGGUCAACAAAGACAUUAUCUCGCUCUCUGUCAGCGAUUCGCGCUUCUCCAGCAAGACACUGAAGCGAACCAGGAAGUUUGUUGUUGAUGGCGUGGAAGUUAGCGUGACCACCUCCAAGAUCAUCCGUGACGAUGAGAAGAAGGAUGAGGAGAUGAGAUUUCUCAGGCGCCAGGAGCUUCGUGAGCUGCGCCUCCUGCAGAAGGAGGAGCACCGUGCUCAGGCCGUCCUCAACACCAAGCUGGAGGCUCAGAAGGAACAGAUGCAGAGACGCUUUGAUCAGGAGAUGAACGCCAAGAAGAAGCACUAUGAUACAGAGCUGGAGAGCCUGGAGAAGCACCAGAAGCAAACCAUAGAGAAGAUGGAGGCUGACCAUAAUGUCAAACACCGAGACGAAUCCAGACGCAUUCGAGCCGAGCAGGAACGUGACUACCACAAGUUUCAGGAUCAGAUGAAACACAGAAAGAAAGAAGUAAAACAAGCUGUUGACAAGUUGCCUCGAAAUCAACGCAAAGAAUCUAUGAAACAGAGAAUGAAUGACUUCCAACAGAAGAAGAUAAGUGAAGAGCAGGAAUUCUUGGCAGCCCAGAAAAACUACCUGGACACCACGCUAAACAGAAUAACCUCAGACAACAAGAGAGAAAUCUCAGAGAUGGAGAGAGAUUGCCUCCAGAAAAAGCAGCACCUUAUCCGAGAGCGGGAAGCCACAAUUUGGGACCUGGAAGAGAAGAAUCUCCAUGAGAGACACCAGCUGAUGAAGCAGCAACUCAAAGACCAGUACUUCCUUCAGAGGCAUCAGCUCCUCAAGAAGCACGAGAAGGAGCUGGAGCAGAUGCAGUGCUAUAACCAGCGUAUGAUUGAGCUCCUGAAGGCUCGGCAGCAGCAGGAGAAAGGUCGGCUGCCUAAGAUCCAGCGCAGCGAGGCCAAGACCCGCAUGGCCAUGUUUAAAAAGAGCCUCCGCAUCAACUCCACCGGCAGCCCUGCAGAGGACAGAGAGAAGAUAAAACAGUUUUCUCAGCAGGAGGACAAGAGGCAGAAGGCAGAGAGGCUGCACCAGCAGCAGAAGCAUGAGAACCAGAUGAGGGAGAUGACCGGUCAGUGUGAAGCCAACAUGCGUGAGCUCCAGCAGCUGCAGAAUGAGAAAUGCCACCUGUUGGUUGAGAAUGAAACUCAAAGGCUCAAGUAUUUGGAUGAGCAACACAACCAGCAGCUGAAGGAAUGGAGGGAUCAACUAAAACCAAGAAAGAAGGCCCUUGAAGAGGAGCUGAACCAGAAGAAGAGGGAGCAGGAGGAGUUCUUCAGGAUGAGCAUGAGUUCAGAAUGCCCCAACCCCAGUUCACCAAACAAGCUCUCCAAAUUCCUGCCUUAUGCUGACUCAUCCACCACGUAAAACAGUCACCACCCUGACUCCAUACAAUGCUGAUUUGCUACAGCACACACACACACACACACACACACACACGCUUGAUGGCUGAGAUUGCCACCUGGCUCAGUUUUUUUUUCUUUGUUUUUUUUUACUCUUUUACAACCCAAAUAUACUUUGCUAGUAAUGGCAGUAUCCCUCUGCUGUUAAGUUUUUAUAAGGAAAUAUUUGUUUUGAUUCAUGUUUUAAGUUCGUCCCUUCGAUUGACACAGAAAUGUGUCAUAUUAUUUAAAGGACUCCCAGUUCAUUGGGCGCUUCAGGUGACGUGAUCAUUAAGUAUCUCCCAUGCAGGGAUUUGGUUUUCUUUCUGUUUUAAUCUUGUUUUAUUAAUGCGUACCAAUGAAACAUGAGGCUAGCUUGAUUCAGUGGCCUUUAAAGUGGGCAGUCAGAAGACACACAACCCAUCGAUGAUUUCAAAAAUCAAACACUCCAUAUGUUGGUUGAGAGAUUAUUUAUGGUAUGGGGUGACCAGCGUGGGGACGAUCCCUCGGAUCAGGAUAGAAGUGCCUUGUUAAAUGAUGGUGAGGGGUUAGGGAUUUUUUUGAACCCCAGGAAGUCGCUGGCCUUUUCCAAAACCUAUUACAACUACAUUCACAACCCACAAUAAUCUCAUAUACCAAUUUAUGACCGCGUUUGUGUGCCUUGGUUAAACCACCUUUUAUUUACAGUACAAUCCUCUUUCUCCAGAACCUGGAUGCAUGCCUUGCAUCCAGCUGCCAAAUUUUUUUAUUAUUAUUAUUUAUGUUAACUGUUAAAAGAUGUCACACGGUAAAAUCCAGGUCCAGAAAAUCCUCACUGUAAAUAUUGAUCUAAAAUUUGGGGGUUAUAUACAACAAAGGACAAAGGGUUUAAAUUAUCUGGAAAUUGAAUUUUAUAUGUUGUGUGAAAUGAGAAAGUGGAGGGAUGUUCUAAAGUUGUUAACCCCCUUAGAUUCAAAUUUAAAAUUCAGAUGUUUUAAAAAUGUACUUUUAAAUAGUUUACUUAGGGGUGAUAUUUAACCGGGGGGAAUACAAAGUAUCUGAAGUCAGUAUUUCUGUAAUAUUAUUUUAAUUUCCUUUUACUGUAAAAUCUAUAUCACACUGGAUAGGAACUGACCAAGCCAAAGCGAAAUACUGUUUUUUUUAAGGAUAUUAAUGAAUAUGGGGUUGAAAUAAAUAACUUUCCGUGUUUAAUUGUUAAAUGUUUUAUAUGAGAUGCACUGUCUCCUAACCAAAGUGCAAUAUUAUGUCUUUGCUCAGCUUUAAGAGAUUUAUUUUUCAAAAUUGUGCCUUUCCUUGCACUGAGACGGGGGAAAUAAUACAAAAGUUUUCACUCCGAAAUGCUAUAGGUCUGGUUUUUGGAAGGGGGGAAAAUGUUACUUGAAAUGUAUCCCUCAGUAGUUCAAACAUCUAGUUUAUUGCCGACAUGAAAAACAAACACGGAAAACAUAAAUUUCUGAAAGCAUGCUUUUUUUUCCUUUUUUUUUUUUUUGGACAAAGCGCUUAAGUUCUGAAAGGGAUUGAAAACUGUUGGUCUUUUGUGUCAUAUAUAUUUUUGAAGGGCUUCUGUAGCCACAGACUUUGAGUUAGAAAUAGUGAUUUAUAGACCUGUAUGGCCUGUAGAUUUACACUGAAUCAGGUAUAUAACCAGGUACAACUUAAACUGAGCUCUCUCUCUCGUUCACACUCUUCCUCUAAGGAAAUGCUUUGUUUUGUUUUUUUCUAUCUCUGUUUCCAUACAUACGUAAUGGCUAUUUGCAUGUCUUCCCCUCUGCUUUGGUUUACAUAACAUUAGUUGUAUGGAGGGGAUGUGAGUGUGAAUGAAACUGUCAUCAGAAGAAACCACUUCUGUAAAUAAUUAAUAAAUGCAGAUUGGAAUUCCUAA